GCCGCCGCGCCGCUUGUCUAGCGGAAAGCGCCGUGCCGGACCCAGGCGCUAGAACAUAAGCCAGUGAGGGCACCAGCCCCGCGACCGAGGCGGACCCGGGCGCACGCGGGCUGCCCCAUGGCCCUGGUCUUCCCCCAGCCGCCGGACGCCGACGACUACGAUGGAGAGCGGCGCUGGCGCAAGGACUGCAAGCGUGAGACCAUCGAGGCGCGCCACCGGCGCCUUAGCAAGCUCGGCCCGGCCCUCGGCGACCUCGCGGCCCUCCGGCACUUGGACGUGGGCGACAACGAGAUCGAGGCCUUCGAGGGCGGCGACCACGCCGCCAUGGAGACGCUGUCGAUCUACUCGAACCGCCUCGCGUCGCUGGUGUCGCUGCCCCGCUUCGAGAACCUGCGGUUCCUGGGCGUCGGGUAUAACCAGAUCGAGGCACUGCCGCGGACCCUCGGCGAGCGGUGCCCGCGGCUCGAGUGCUUCGACGGCGCCUACAACGCGCUGACGUCGCUGGAUGUGACCGUCGACGCGCUCGGCGGGUGCAUGCACCUGAGGCAGUGCGUCCUGACCGGCAACCCCUGCGCGCUGCUUCCGAACUACCGAAAGCGGGUCGCGUUUGGCCUGCCGCAGCUCGCGCGGCUCGACGACGCGGAGGUCGCGCCGGUCGACGCCGCCGACGGCGACGACACUACGAUCACAAUCCACGUCGCGCUGCGCGCGCUCCUGGGCCUGAGCGGCGCGCCACCGACGGCGGCGGACGAGGCGGGCCCGGAGGAGGAGGGCGUCUUCGUCGAACUCAUGGUCGUGGGCGCGCCGCCGGCGACGGCGCGGCGGACGCGGCGGCUCCCCUGGCGCGCGGCGCCGGUCGCGCCGCCGGCGCCCGACGCGGAAAGUUCGAUGCCGGUCGAGGUCGCGCUCGAGGUGCCGGCGGUCGCCGCGGUCCGCGACGGUUUGAAAUUGUCGGGACUGCUCGUCUCCGUGCUCAGGGCCACGCCCGCGGCCGCGCCGGAGGAACCGGAGGCGCUCGCGGUCCUCGCCGCGGCGACGGUGCCCCUCGCGGCGCUGCUGGAGCCGUCCUUCGCCGCGGGCUCGGCGCUCGUCGAGACGGCCGCGCUGGCGUUCGAGAGUGGUGAAGACGCGGACGACGCGAGCGUCACCGUCGCCGUGCGGUUGAACCCCGGGGACGAGUAAGCGAACGUUAGGACC